AUGUAUGAAAACUACUUCACCGACACGGCGUAUCCCCAUAAUUUCAUCUGCUUCCCAGGAAUCCAAUAUCACGCGUUGUGUAAAAAACACGCGAGAACAUUUGAUAUAAUAAUUUUGCAUUCCCCGAAGUGUCGGGUCUCCAACAGAUCCUACGUCCUAACAAUGGGCCUUGGCAGUUGCAUAAAAAAUCUCAAGCUUCGAGAAUGGCUUAACAUUGUACUGUUCAUCAUAUCAAUUGCUGUUCUGAUCACAUCAGUGGUUCUUAUUGUCGUAUUCGCAGGAAAAGACCCGGGUCAUGAAGCGUCGAUCAUUUACACAACAUCCCUGGCUACUGGUAUUCAAUGGAAUAAUGAUUUGUUCAAUCCGGAAUCAAAAGCUUUCCAAGAUUUGUCAAAGGCUCUUCAAGCGAAUAUCACCAACGGAUGGACAAAUCAAAAGCCCAUGAUGGGUAUGAUAACAGCAUUUAUGCCCGAUUCAGAAGGAAUCAACUUCUAUGCUGAAUACAUUUUCAUGGGUAAAUCAAUGGUUCCAACGAAAACUGUUGUGACGGCAAUGGAAAGUCAAGGGUACCCAACAAAUGCCUUCUGCUACUGUGAUGCUAGUAAUAAAAACCUUCUCAACAUUAUCCUGGUUGACGUCUCUGUCCCAAUUAUUGGAACACUUUCAGACAAAUUAGACACGCUCUCCCAAUUUCUACAAGGCCUCCCCCAAACGAUUAAUUUGGACACCUCCUCGCCAUGGAGCUCACAAGAGUUCAGAUUAGUAGCUUAUGGAGGAAAUGAGCCGGAGCCACUUGGUCGAGCAAAGAACCAAGCAGAUUGGAACAGCAUUAUUAAUAGCAUUUCUCCUAAAAAUGUGAACGCAAAUAAUGUGGACAAUCAUGCCCUUAAAGGAGCCCUCCGAUAUGUUAUGGAUAAUUAUUUGCCUACACCAGGUGUUGCGGUCAACGUUCUUAUUGUUACUGAUGGAUUCGACUUCACUGAAAUGGGCACUAUUUCUUCAAUCACUGAUGUCCUAAAGAAGCAAUACUUCUAUUCAAUUGAUGCUAUUGUAAUGUCAACCUCACAGCUUGUCAGAAUGAAUAUUCAACCAUUGGUUUCUGAUUUUUAUCAUUUCUAUCCAAUUGAUAGUAUUGAUUACAUUAGUAAUGAAGCCGUUCUCAAAUCUCAAGCACUUUGGGCUUGCGAAGCUUUCUACCCGACUCAACCGCCGCCAACACCACGCCCGACUCGUAUUCCUUUGAAAACAACAACCCUUCAACCAACUAAUCAGCCAACAGGGAAUCCGCAUAAUCCAGGAAUCGCCAUGUGUCGUCAAAAUGUUCUCUUCCUCAUUGAGCAAUCGCAAUUUCUUCUGUCAUAUGGCUACGAUGAUUCGAUUGAUUUCAUCCUCAAAACUGCUCAAUAUUUGCAUGACUUCAACGAUCGCACCACAUUUGCCUAUAUUGCAUACAAUAGUGACGUUGUGUCGCAGACGCUUGGCUACGUGAAUUUGGAGACUUUCAAAACUCAACUUAAAUCUGCUUCUAAAACUGUGGCCAAUUCUGAUACCGUCCUUGGAUUCAAUGCGUCUUUGAACUUCAUUUCCAAAAACUCGCAAUACUCUGAUGACGAUACCCGAUCUCUUCUCUAUUUCAUCACACAAGGAAACGAUUUGAGUGAUCAAGCUACUGAUGUGAUUCCACUCACACGCCAAAUUCGCUCUUCUUAUCAAACACAGGUAGUUGGAGUUGCCAUUGCUGAAUCAACAAUCGGAGAAGAUGCCGUCAAGAAAGUCAUUCAAUACGCUUCACAUGAUUCAUAUGCUCCAUCUGUAUACGUCGGAGUUAACAAUACUAUGCAGCUUGAUAAUGAUACCACAGUUACAUCUACUUUGAAUCAACUGAUUUGCAAAAAUUCUGGAUGCAAUAUUGAUUUGACGUUCGUCAUUGAGACAUCUCAAGUUGAAGGGCCUUCGUUCGUGGAGCUGCAAGUCGAAAGUGUGAUCAAUGUAAUCAAAAAUUAUGCUGGAAUGAUUUCUCCAUUGAAAAUGGCCGUAUCGGUUAUAUAUUUCUCUUCUCCUGACAGUCUUUCACCCAAUCAGCCGGAUCGCUCUGGAAUUUUGUUCGAGCAAGUCACAGAUUCCGACUACGCUAUUAGUCAGUUGAGCGGCAGUACGUUCGCGCCACUUGGUGCUGCAUCAGAUCUAGAGCUGGGAUUUGAAUUAACCGCUGACAGUUUAUCGCGAGGUUUCGCCCAAAAUAGCAAAUUUGUGGUGUUCUUUGCACGCGGACAAUACGAGAAGCUGGCUAAUUGUUGUCCUGACCCAUCUAUGGAAGCCGCUCGCGUAAGAUCACUUUCAAGUGUGCAAGGAGUGUGCAUUGGGCCGAAUACUGACAAAGAUCAGCUUGACAAACUAACCGGAUCAACAAGCAUUGAUGCUAACAGCUACAUUGAUAACUUUGACAUGAAUUCAACCGACAUUACGACAUAUGCUCAACGCAUUUCUGAUGCAAUCAUUCCAACAGUCAACAAUUUCAUAAAUCAACAGAAAUGCGCUGGAGUUCCCGACUUUGUUGAUCCACCUUGUGAAGAACCGAUUGACGUGAUGAUCAUGCUUCAUGCUUCAACGUCAAAUAAUUGGGCGAGAAUUACCAAUUUCACGGCAACGCAACUCAUUCCCGAUCUUCUUGGAUCGACAGGAUAUCCAACGAACAAGAUUCUUACGACGUCGAACCCAAUUAAUUUUGCUGUAAUGGGAUAUUAUUAUUUGGAUACCAAAGUGUUUACCGACUUCAAUUAUCUCCUUACACCUGAUGAUUACGUGUCCAAAGUGAAAUCUCUUCCGUUCUAUCCAACUACUGGAACAUCCACACUGUCUCUGGCAUACAAACGAGCUAUUGAUGUUUUCAUGGAUGGAAGGCAAUAUGCAAGCAAAAAUAUAAUCUUGAUCACUGACAGAAUUGAUAUUAGCGACGUGGAAGCUGCACUUUCUGAGCACGACGCAAUGGUUCAGCUUGUUGGUGGAUACACUUCUGCUCUUUAUGUAUCGCCAAACUUGAAUGCUGGAGCUAUUAUUCCAGGGGCUGAUUAUCAAUUGAUCAUUGAUCCACUCGAGCUUGAUCCAAGUAACAAAUAUGCCGAGAGACAAUUGGCAAAUCAGCUAACACUUAAAACGUGCACGUACAUGCCAUGGCAACCACCAACUCAGCAACCAGUUACUGUAACACCAACAUUGCCAGGACCUAUUCCAGUGGUGAAGGCAAGAAAUGUCUGGCCUGAUAUGACAAUCCUUAUCGACACCUCGGUGGCUGCAACCACCGACGAUGUUGGAAUGACAUCAGUUAAUUUUGAAAAAAUCCGCAGAUUCCUCGACAUUCUUCUUUCACAAUAUUCCGUUGGAGAAAAAGGAUCGAAAUUCACAAUUGCGACAUUCGAUGGGCAAACUACUCAAUAUUCAUGCAAAUUCUAUGAAAUUAAUAAUUACUAUGAUCUCAAUUCGUGUAGAAAUGAGCGACUCUCAUUUUAUUCGAGAGACCAUGACACCAAACGCGAUGUCAAUAAUGCGCUUGCUGAUUUACGCAAAAAUGUAUACGAAUCGACUUCGUCAGGAUAUAGGCAACUUAAUGAGAAUUUCCUUCUUAUUUUGACUCUUGGAAAAUCUGUCACUGAUUUCAAUCAUGAAUUAGUAAAUCUCCAGCGCAUGGGCAUUAGGACAAUGGCAAUUGGCCUAUCUGAUACUUUGAGUAACACUGAAUUAAGUGUCUUCGGUCAAACCAACUUCUUGAUGUCGGACUGGAAUUCUCCUUACACCGGAAUUGAUACUAAUUAUGAUCUUGCUGACCGCAUUAUUCAGAUAUCAACUAAAAAGCGAAGCCCAUCAUCUGCUUCAUUUUAUGCUAACCUUGUGUUUGUCGUUGAUCAGUCAGUUGAUACAGGCAGCGCCACUCAAAAUGUUUCACAAUUUGUGUCAGACUUCACUUCCCAAUUUUUUGUCGAUCCACGAAAAACUCAAGUUUCUAUCAUUCCAUUUGCUAACGGAGCUAUCUCCCCAUUGGACCUUACUGGAGAUCAAAAUGUUCUCGAUUCCUAUUUGAUGCAACUUAAAAACUCCGUGGCUUCAUCCGCAUAUUCGGAUAUUGGAAGUGCUAUCACAUACACAGCUGACAUGUUGAAAAGAAAAAGCUCAUCCGAUCGUCCUACUUAUGUUAUUUUUGUUGUUGGUGCUUCAAACACAACUGGUUCUGAAACAGCAAAGACACAACUGGGCCCAAUCACAUCACUCUUAUAUGCGAUUGACUUCACCAUCGAUGCUCAAAACUACACUACCAACUUGACAUAUCAAACCGAUGACAUUUUCAAGGUUGAGUCUGGAAGUCUUCUGAUAGAUCGCGUCGUUACUUUUGAAUUCAACAGAACAAAUCCGAUUCUGGACUUUGCCACUGAAAUCUAUGCUACGCAAGAAGCAACUGAUUCCAUCAAUUAUCCUUUGACCGCAAUUGCCGCCGAUAUUGUGCUUCUCGUUGACGAAACUGGUCAAACUGAUUCCGAUUUCUCAUACAUGAAGGGAUUCCUCGCUGAUUUCUCGACGAUGUUCCAUGUUGGUCCAACAUCCACACAAUUCGCUCUUCAAACCUAUAAUGGACGAACAAUUCCACACGAUGGUUUCCAUUUUUACGAAGCAACUAACAAUGAUGUUGUUCGCCAAAGAAUCAAUCAGCUAACAUUGGCCAAGGCUGCUGAGAACUCAACAGAUGCCGAUUUGGCGGGAGCGAUCGAGCAGGAAAUCUACUUUUUCCUUACGGAAGGAAACGGCUGGAGGGAUGACACAAUGACAUACACUAUCAUCUUCUCACAUGCCGAUAUGUUCUACGACAGAGACACCGCUGUUGCGAUGCAAAUCAAAAAUCAGUCAACGAUUUUCGCGGUUGGAACAAACGGACAAAUGUUUGAGUAUGUAAGAAAUUUCACAAAUUCGGGAUUCUACGAAACUGUUCCUGAUAUCACCAGCCUUUCGCUUAAUACCACUACAAUCCAAGAUUUAUUAAACGCAAUUGGGCUUGACUAUCGCGAGAAAGUCUAUCCAACUCCAUUCCCUAUCAAGAAUAUCGUAAAGGCCGACUUCAUCUUCCUUGUGGACAAUGCUCUCUCCGUGUCCUACACGCAAAGAGUUCGUCAAUUCUUCAACGAUUUCAUCACCAACGUAGCAACUUUCUCAAACUCCGGAAAUGAUACAAGAUUAGCUGUUGUUAACUAUGGGCACGAAGGGGUUACUGAUUCCUGGAAUCUAUUCGCUUCGCAGACAGUGGACUCUUUGAAGAGCAAGAUAGCCAAUAUCAAUAUUGCAUCGUCAGUGGGUGCCAGUAACCUGAAAUCGGCAAUUGAUUCGGUUAUACUGGAAGAAUAUGAAUUUGGAGUGGAUUCCGAUAGACCGACAUACUUAAUCAUCAUUGCUGGAACUGAAAACAUUGUUUCGCCAAUCGACUCUGUGACGUCGCGAAACCUUAACACAAGAUAUUCAACAUUUGUCAUCCAGACGAAUGACAAGCAAUAUUCUUAUGUUCCGAACGUUGUCGGCACACAACUUACUGAUGGACGUUAUCUUCUCGAUCAAAACUUGAAUUACUCUGAUGAUCAAUUUGGCAUUCUCAACAGCUGGAUUUCUUCUGAAUUCUCCGCAUGGCGAACAACAUUCCCCGACAAGCUGGACUGUUUCUAA